AUGAUUAAGGAAGAAAAAUUCGAAGAAAGUUUUGAGGUUAAAGAAGAAAGUGUUUUAACGGAAUGUGAAGAAAAUGAUUUUAAAGAUUCGUUAAUAGUCAAAAAUGUUGAUGUCAAAGUUGAACACCAAUUAAAUACUGAAUCAUUAUCAACAAAAGAAGAAAUAUUGGAUGCACAUAUUUUAGAACAUCAACAGAAUCAUACUGAUGAAAAAAGUUUAACGUGUGAAAUUUGUAAUACAGAAUUUACUACAAAAUCCAGUUUAUACAGGCAUAAUAAACGUUAUACUGAGAAAAGACGUUUCUCAUGUGAAAAUUGUGGUAAAACAUUUUUCCUAAAAUCUCAUUUAAUUCUACAUAAAUCUAAUUUAACUUCACAUCUACGAAUUCAUUCUGGACAAAAUGCAUGUGAUCUUUGCGAUGAAACAUUUACUCAUAGAAAAUAUUUAAAUAGACAUAAACUUAUUAUUCAUAGAGGAGAAACACCAUUUUCAUGUGCAGCCUGUGGGUGUUUAAAUAAUCAACAAAAUUAG